AUAAUCGUUGCAGACAUUAGAGUGAUUUUGGACUUCGUACCUAACCACUCCAGUGACGAACACGAAUGGUUCGUGAGGUCCCUCCAGAGGGAGGAACCAUUUACGAACUAUUACACGUGGCACGACGGGAGAGUCGACACGGCUGGAAACAGGAUUCCGCCAAACAACUGGCAAAGCGUGUUUGGGGGUCCGGCCUGGACAUGGCGUCCGGAAAGAAACCAGUAUUACCUGCACCAGUUCGACCCCAAACAACCCGACCUCAACUAUGGAAACCCGCUUGUUGUCGAGGAAAUGAAGAAUGUGCUCCGUUACUGGCUGGACAAGGGCGUGGACGGGUUCCGCGUUGAUGCCGUUCCGCACCUGUUCGAAGGACCCAUAGACGCGCCUGAUUCGGAGACGUCAGCCCCUACGCAUCUCCCAGAGACCUACGAGAUGGUGGCCGAGUGGCGGAAAGUAAUGGACGAGAAAAGCGUCGAAUAUGGACGGACAAAGGUGUUAAUGCUGGAAACAUACGGAACUAUUAACCAGACGAUGGGCUAUUAUGGAACGGAUGAUGCUCCAGGCGGACAUUUCCCCUUUAACUUCCGGUUAAUUACAGACAUAAAUAAAUUGUCAACAGCUGAAGAUUUCAGCAGAACUAUUAACGAAUACUUGGACGUUAUGACGGAUGGACGUACGCCAAACUGGGUGGUAAGUGAGAACGACUGUGUUACGUAG